AUGCCGCCUCACCCCUCCACACCUGCAGCCCACGCACCCGCCCUCGCCGUCGACUUCUACUUCUCCUUCAUCCGCUCCCACUGCCACUGGACCGUGCAGGACAUCCUGUUGGGGAUCUCACAUGUUUCAGAUUCAGUUGAGGUCAAUGUUAUGCUAUUGUGCCCCGUCCUUCCUUUUGAUCGGCAUUUUUCUUUCUGGUUUUCCGAUCUAAUCUUGAUCGGUUUGUGUCGCCUGCCGCCGCCGUCGAACCCUGUGCGCCUCUACUCCGACCCAGGCGCGACCAACCGGCCUCUCCUCCGAUCCGGCGGCUACGACCAAUCAGCUCCGACCGGGACAUUGCAUCGCCCCGACCCGGCGGCCUCGCGCCAUGCGACGGCCAAUCAUAGCCGUCGCUCACACGCCGGCCCGCCCAUUGAUCCACGUCACCCGCCUCCGUCGUGUCUGCACGAUGGCCCGGCGGUCUACAUCACCGGCCUCGUGCUCGACUGCGUCGGGCUGACUGCAUCAGACUCGUCGGCUACCUCAGCUCGGGCCCCGCUGCUACAUUGGUCGCUCGGGCCUCGCUGCCCGGGCGCCGGCGCUGCUUUGGCAGCCCGGGUGCUGGUGCUGACAAGCUCGUCCGCACGACAUCCCACGCCGUCCGUCGUCGCCGGCCUCAUCCCGGACUCCGCCGCCACCACUCCUCCAUCGAGCGGCGUCCCUGACCUCGCGCGCGAUCGGCUUGAUCACCCGCUCGCCGCCGCGAUCCGCCUCCUCUACGCCGCGCCACCGACCUGGCCCGUUACUGACGCGCGCCUCCGCAAGUCCCGGCCCGUUACAAGCCCACUUCGGCAGAACAAAGAAAAAAUCACUCUCCCCCAACUCCAGCAGGCAGCCGCACACAUCCGCCGCCGCUGGCACCUCCGCGAGGGUUCCCGGCGGCCACCUCUUCUGCUGACCGGUCAGGAGAUGGCGUCACCUCUGACGGACCUCCCCGUCCACCUCCUGGCCGAGAUCUUCCUCCGGUUGCUCGACCCGGCUGACCUCGCCCGCGCCUCCGCGACCUGCGUCACCUUCCGCCGACUCGCCGCCGACGGCUCCUUCCUCCGCACCUUCCGCGGCCUCCACGCCCCGCUCCACCUCGCGCUCCUCAACCUCGGCGGGUUCCACCCAGCCCUCCCGCCUCACCCCUCCGCGCCCACCGCCCGCGCGCUCGCCCUCUUCGCCGACUUCAAGUUCUCCUUCCUCCCCUACCACCGCCAAUGGAUCGUGAGGGACGUCCGCGCCGGCCGCGUCCUCCUCUCCCGUAAGAUCACAAAAGAUGGGCAGCCCCGAGUCUUCCCGGAGCUCGCGGUGUGCGACCCCUUGCACCGGCGGUAUGUCCUGCUUCCCCCAGUGCCUGACAACCUAGCGGCAUCGGUGGAGCACCGGCUCCCUCACCCUUUCCUCGCUCCCCUCAGCGAGGAGGAGGCAGCACCGGCGGAAGAGACGGCAUUCAGGGUGAUCUGUUUGGCACUUGGCAAAACUAAGCUGGCGGCCUUCGCCUUCCCUUCGAGCACGGGACAAUGGCGAGAUGCUGCAUCCAAGGAUUUGAGUGAUUUGGGCCUUGGCAUGCGUGACUCACACAUGAUUUCAUGGAUGAACCCUUUUAAUCUCAGGCGCCAUUAUGCUUAUGGCUGCUUCUACUGGGACUUUCUCGUGGUCAAGCGGAACCUGUUGCUCGUGCUUGACAUCAGGAGGAUGGAGUUCUCCAUUGCAGAACUCCCACCCGGAGAAUGGUAUAGGAAAGGUGUAGCCAUUGUUGAGGCAGGGGAAGGCAGGCUUGGGAUGUUUGGUCUCCGUGGUGAAAAUGAAAUGACAUCUGAUCUCAGUUAUACCAUUUUGCGAAACAGAGGUGAGAGUCCCAACCAGUGGCUGAUGGAGAAGACAAUCUCACUAGAUUCUGGGUACCAUUAUUUUAUCAAAGCUGUAACAGAGAGGUGUUUGCUAUUGAUGAGAACAGAAUCCCUGCCAGGUUCACCUAUAGAGAAGCCACUACUUGAGUAUUUCACAAUGGACAUUGAGACAUUGCAGUUUCAGAGGGUUUGUGCGAAACGAUUCAAGCUUAGGCUGCCCCCGUCAAGCAUAUAUGCCUACUUUUUUCAAACCGGGAUAUAUGCCAACUUUCCUCCAUCGUUGUUACCUCCACGGACAGUAUGAAGUGGUAAAAUUUCUAUGCAUCCUUGUUA